CAAGAGAGCGGUGGGGUGUAUAGGCAGCUUCUCGAUGGAGAAGAUAAUGACGAAUUAAGAGCAGCAAUCAAUGAACAGUUAAAUGCAGAAACAAACCCAAAGGAAGAGCACUACACAGGAGGGCAGCAGCAGAGAGAGCAGCAGCAGCAGCAACAGACAGACAGAGCAGCGGCAGCAGCAGCAGCAGCAGCAGCAGCAGGAGCAGCAGCAGGAGCAGCGUUUCUGUGUUUGUUGCUUGGGUUGCUGCAGCAAGAGAGCGGUGGGGUGUAUAGGCAGCUUCUCGAUGGAGAAGAUAAUCAAGAAUUAAGAGCAGCAAUCAAUGAACACGUCAGCAACAAUCCAACCCAGCAGCACCACCAGCAGCAGCACCAGCAGCAGCAGCAGCAGCAGCAGCUGCUGCUGCAGUUACAGCAGCAACAGCAGCAACAGCAAAAGCAGCAACAACAGCAGCAACAGCAGCAGCAGCAAAUGGGGAUACUUAGUAAGAGUCCUGGAGGAACCGCAGCAGCAAAAAGUGCAGCAGCUGCAAAGGCACCGGCGGCAGCAAAACCAGCAGCAGCAGCAAAACCAGCAGCAGCAGCAAAACCAGCAGCAGCAGCAAAACCUGCAGCAGCAGCAAAGAAGAAUGUGCUCUCCAAGCCACAGUUUACUGCAGCAAAGCCGCCACAGCUUGCUGCUGCUGCUGCUGCAUCUCCCGCUGCUGCUGUGAAGAAAGCAGCAGCAAAACCAGCACCAGCAGCAAAGCUAGCAGCAGCAGCAGCAAAACCAGCAGCGGCAGUAACAGCAAAACCAGCAGCAGCAGCAGCUAAACCAGCAGCAGUAGGAGCAGCAAAACCAGCAGCACCGGCAGCGAAGCCUGCCGCAGCAGCAGCAGCAAAACCAGCAGCAGCAGCAAAACCAGCAGCAGCGCCAGCAGCAAAACCAGCAGCAGCGCCAGCAGCAAAGCCUGCAGCGGCAGCAACAGCAAAACCAGCACCAGCAGCAGCAAAACCAGCAGCAGCAGCAGUAGCAAAACCAACAGCAGCAGCAGCAGCAAAACCUGCAGCAGCAGCAGCGAAACCAGCAGCAGCGGCAGCAGCAAAACCGGCAGCAGCAACAGCAGCAAAGCCAACAGCAGCAGCAGCAAAGCCGACGGGCGUUGUAGCAAAAUUAGUAUCAGCAGCAGCAAAGCCAGCAGCAGCAACAGCAGCAAAGCCAGCAGCAGCAACAGCAGCAAAGCCAGCAGCAGGAGCUGCUGCUGCAAAACCAGCAGCAGGAGCAGCAAAAUUUGCAUCGAUGAAGGCGAAAUCAGAUGCAGCAGCAACAGCAGCAAAACCAGCAUCAGCAGCAGCACCAGCAGAGGCUGCUGCUGCUCCCGAGGCAGCAGAAGCAGCAGCAACAGAAGCAGCAGCAGCAGAAGCAGGAGCAAAGAAAGCUGCAACGCUGAACCCAUUGGUGAUGAUGCACCGCGGCUAUUUGCUGCCUCCGCAUGAAAAGAACGAAAACUUCGCAGAGUUUACUCAGCGAUUUAAUCAAAAUGAACAGUCGCGUUCUCGUAUGCUGUUGAUUGCUUCGCACAAGGCCGACCCUGAGGCGAAGUUAAUUGUUUACUUCGCUGAUGAAACAAAAAAAACAGGAGUCAAACCCAUCAGAGAGCUGACGGAGCGCAUGGAGGAGCGCAAUAUUCACCGGGCGAUUCUCGUGACGCAGAAUGUGCUGACGGCAUUUGCUAAAGAUGCGAUUGCUGAGGCUGCUCCUCGCCACAUUAUUGAAUACUUCAUGGAGUCGGAGCUGCUUGUAAACAUAACGAAGCAUGAAUUGGUGCCCAAGCACAUCCCCCUAACCCCCGACGAAAAACAACAACUGCUGCAGCGAUAUAGAGUUAAGGAGGCUCAGCUGCCGCGCAUUCAAGUGGCCGAUCCUGUCUCCCGCUACUUCGGCCUCUCCAGGGGACAGGUGGUGAAAAUAAUUCGACCUUCGGAGACAGCAGGGAGAUACGUCACCUACAGACUUGUCGUCUGA